CUCAGGCCUCAGGCCUCGGCCGCAGACGCGGGAGCAGUGAAAACGUAGGCCCAUCUCGCGUCAGCUUCUUGCAGCCGUCGCAUUCCCCGCCGGGAAGGAAUGCAAGGGGGAGUCCUGUGGCUUCUACAAAGCGCAGCGGCCAGACCUGGCUGGCGAGUCUAGCGGAAACGUUCCGUAGAACUUGGACUGCUCAUGGUCAUACACCGGGUGCGCAUCGUAAACACGGACUCCGCUGAUCGCCGGGUUGUCGUCAACUCGCAAGUGCUGCGAUCCAGAUGCUGUCACUGCUGCAUAUAGCCCUCAAACGCCUCGUGCUUUACGAUGAGACCGUUCAGAAAGCCUCAGAGCCUCAACCGUUGUCCUGGCUCGUGAUCUCCACACGGCCAUGAACAGCCCGACGCACUGGAGGACCACUUCGAAAGGCGAUCCUCCGUAUUGCAUACGAGUGCCCUGAAACAUUCAUGGUGAUUCAGUAAGGCGCGCCACUGGCGGCUGGACAAUAGCGGCCUGUUCCCAUCGAGGAAUACAGCGGGGAAAUAUCACCUGUAUCAAUCGUCUUGCCCACAGGAAACUUAUUUUGUCCCGCCGCUACCUUUUUAUUUUGCGCCCAUCCAAACUGUCGCGGAUGCGUUGGACGGUGUCACCCUGGCUGCGCCAGACCCUGUACGCUACUCCACCUUGGCUCGUCGUGUACACAUGCCUGAGCCUCGUUGCGGCCAAGCUACCCCUCGUACGACAUAUACCGCCCAUCUCUCCCGCCAUUCUCAUUUAUGCGCCGCAAGACUCGGCCCUUCCCUUGCUCCUUUCGCCCUUUCUCAUUCCAUCGCGCAGAGCAUUAUUUUCACGACUCCUCUACGCCUCGUGGCUCUGUGUACACCUUUCCUCAGUGUCACCGGACGUUGAGAGCGCUGCUUUGAACUUCCACAAGCUCCUGAAGACGUAUGGCUCCCUGAUCAUUGUUCGCUCGCUUCUCGGUUACCUUCUCACACGAUCCGUUGGAUGGACAUACCCAGUUCUACUGGCGCCUUACACACUCUAUGAGCCUUUGUAUGGCAUAGGACCUCUCGUUGUCGGCGUCAUGCUCUUUGGACCUGGUACGGGUGCGUUUCCUGUUGCUUACAUUUACGGUAAGGGGGGCGCACGUAGUACGCUCGUCCGCCUAGCUUCACUGGCGAUGUUCGCUAUGGUAGACGGGAUGCCCUGGGGCUACGCCUGUGCCGCAGGCAUGGCAGGCAUUUGGAAAAUCAACUGCGCCUUAAGAUCGCAACUGCACUUGUUAGGCGCGGGCUCUGGGCGUGCACCUCUUGCUCGAGACGAUGAAGAUGACAUAGGAAUGCUGCUGCCAUUUCCCCGUCGACAGGAGGCGAUCGAUGCUAUAAAAUCUCGCGCUGUCCUUUCGAAGACUCAGAUAGUCUUCAUGACCCUCUCCGCAAUUGUCAUAUCCUGGGUCUUCGGAAGCAUCCCAUAUUACGCCAGACUCUCCGUCCUGAGAACGUGCUUCCGUCGAGGGGCAGCGGCGACGACGUCCGAAAACCUUCCCCUCACCCUAGACAUGCACAUCAUAAUGCUCACGUACCCGCGUGACAGGGACCUCUCAAGCGACUACAUGAUCGACAGCAUCCAAUCCUACUUCGACGGCUGGCGCGAUGCUAAUUUACCGUCUUCAUCGAACACGACACUGACUGUGUACGGCCACACCAGCCUCGACGGGCAUCACCGUGCGUGGGAUCGUGCAAAGACUUACUUCUCGGCGACUGGCUCGGGGAGUUUGUGGCGCUCAGCGGGCAUUGCGCUCGACUUCGUGAUGCAUCCACCCACGAACCGUCCGCCUUCUCACUACGCUCAUCUCUCAGACGCCUUGCAUCAUGCGUAUCACUUCAAGCACGAAUGGAUCAUGGUCGUCGAGGACGAUUUUGCCGUCUGUGGUGCGUGGGGCAUGGAAGGCAUCGUUCGCGUACUGCUCGAGCUAGGAUCGAGCCUCAUCGACAGCGCGGAUGCAGAUGUGCUGCACAGAUCAGGUAUCGUUGAUGACUCCUGGAAAGCUGGAGAGAAGAGACAUGCACAAUGGCGGGGUGCUUUCGUUGGUACCGGUGGAAG